AUGGAAGCCGAAGGCGGCUCGCAGGGACCAGAGCUCACCGAAACCGUGGGACAGCUCCGGCAGGAGCUGCGGAAAGCCAAGGAUGACCACAACAUGGCCAUAGGUGCCAUCUCUUCCUUGCAAAGACAGAUUGAGAUACAAGAAUCUGAGCUUCGGAGAAUCAGAUCUGAAAAGGAUUUACUCCAGAGGCAGCUCAGAGAGCGAGAAGCCCAGAUCAAAGCUAUGUGUGACAAAUUUUGCAGGCUGACAGAUGAACAGAGGCAGGAACAAAUUACAAUGAUGAUGGAGGAGGAGAACCUCAACCUUCAACAGGUUGUUACAGAGCAGGAAUCCCAGCUGGCUGAGCAGAACAAGCUCAUUAGUGAGUUACAGGAGACAAUCAGCCAGCUGAGGGCCGAGGCUGUGACCACCCGCCUCCAACUCCUGAAGCACAAACAGGCCCAUAAGGAGAUCCAGGGCCAGGCUGAGGCACUGCAGCACAAGGAGCUGCAAACCAGAGUGGCACUGGAGCACAUCAGCAGCAAGUUUGAAAGGUUUCGAAACAAAAUAAUCCAGGCUGCGUUCAGUGUGGAGGGCAGCCGGGACCCCGUGGCCGAGCUCACAGAUGAUGAGGUCCUGGAGGCAAUGCAGAAAAUCAUUAACGAGCGGACGGAGUUCCGGCGGAAGCUGAAGAACAAGGGUAGCAAGGUGUCACUGCACAGCAGUGACAGCUGCACAGCAUCUCCUGCCACAGGAAAGAGAAGGAACUCCUCCAAGGAGAAAGGCUCUGAUGGCUGAGCCAGAACCCAUCACUAGCCUCAGGCUCUGGGUUCUCAGCUUGGAGCUGGUGCCUUACAGCAAAUUAAACUCGUUUUACUGACA